AUGAGUACACCUCCAUCAACAAAUAAUGUGAUAAUAACAAAAGUUGAAAUGGCAAGAUUUACAAUUUAUUUAGUAUCAUUAAUGGUUUCGGUUUUAAUGUAAAUGUAAAUGGAAGAAUAAGGUAUAAUGAAUACAUCUGUUUAAAAUUCAAUGUUUUCAGGAAUUCAAAAUGUGUUUAAAUUUAAUAAUUAAACACGGUUCUCAAUGUUAAAUUGGAUAGAUAAAUAGUUAUAUCAUGGAUAUUCAUUGAAUUAAAAUUCUACUGAAAUGUAUAGUAGGUUAAUACCUGUUACAUUUUUGGAAAUUUAAACUUAAUAUGCUAAAAUUGAUAGUUUAGUUAAUGUUUGGGAUAAAGAUUUAUUAGAAGAUAAAAGUAACUAAGGAUUUUAAUAACAAUAUGUAUAUCCAUUUAUAUAACGAUUCCCACCUUAUCCAGUAUUCAAAAAUAUCAGUUUUAUUGAUGAUGUUAGUGGAAUUACUUUAGAUACCUUAAAAUUAAUAGAUGCUGGUUAUUUGACAUCUAACACUCAUUUACUAAAAGCACAAGCUUCAUAUUAUAGUCCUAAUCUAUAGAUGAUUGUAAGCAUUAUAUCUUAUAAUUAGUGUGUUGUUAGAAUUAAUAUGGAGUUUAGUGCAGCUGGAUAAUCAUAUUAAUUUAUUCAAUAUGAUUCUUUUAGAUUGAGUUUUUAUUUAAAUUAAACUGAUUAUAUUAGAAUGGCUUUUGAAAUUUUAUUUGCUAUCAUUUAUAUUAACUAUUUGUACAUGGAAGGCUACAAAAUCUAUUUUAAAAUUUAAUUAGCUUUAAAAGAUGAUGAAUUAAAAGUUAAGGCAUAAAAAUAGAAAGAUAGUCGUUUAAAAUCAAGAAAAGAUGGGAAAAAAAGAGGAGUCAUUUUCUAAGGAGAAGAAGGCAAAGUUUAAUAAUUAGGAGUUCAAGGGGAAAAAUCAGAAUCUUCGGCUAAAGAAAAUUUAGAAGAAGCUUAAAGAAAAACUAAAAUUAUUAUAAAUGUAGUUAUCUAACAUAUUUCUGAUAUUUGGAGUGCCAUCGAUGUUCUCAUUUUAGUACUUCUUGGAAUUGCUGCCUCUGAAUAUAUUAAAGCCAUUUCCUCUUAACCAUAUUCUGAAUCUUUAAAUUAACUUUUAUAGAAUGCAACUACUUACUAAUCUGUUUUUGAACCAAUUUAUAGAUAGAUGCUUAAUUAAACUCAAGUUUCAUAUACACUAAAUGAUGAAUUUGCUUAAUAAGCGGAUAUCUUGAGAUUUUAUAGAAGAUUUUGUGCUGUUGCUUUAUUAAUCAUGUGGAUUAAAUUAUUAAAAUACUUUAUUAAUAUCUUCAAACGACUUGUUAGCUAUUUAGAAAUCAUUCUAAAUGUUAUUGAAUAUAUGAUAUUUUAUUUAGUAUUAUUGGCAGCAAUCCUUAUAUCAUUUUCUUUAUUUUUUUACUUUCAAUAUGGAAGUUAGAUUUUUAUCACUUCAUCUAUUGGACGAUCUCUAUCUUAUAUUUUAGGGUUUAUGAUUGCUUAAAAUGAUUAAUUUAAUGAAUUAUUUAAAUAUGAUGCAGUUAUUACAUUUAUUAUGACCAUCUUAUAUUAUGUUAUAGUAAUUAUCAUUUUAUGCAAUAUGUUUUUUGUUUUUGUCAAAUAAGAAUAUAAUGAAUAUUAAAUGAAAAUAGAAAAACAAUCAUAAAAAACUAAUAAUUCCAAUAAACAUAAUGAAGUUGUAAAAUAUAUACAUCCUUACUGGUAUUUCUAUAAUAUUGUUGAAUAUUUUGUUAUGAGAUUUUGGUUCACUUUAAAAUUACAACCUUCUAAAUUUGAUGAAUUUAAUGAAAAUAAAGAAUUGUAAUAUGUUAUAAAUGAGAGAGAAUUUAAAGAAAAUCCAUAAACCAUUGAUUUUAAUGUUGAUUUUGCUAAUUUAAUUAAUCAAUCAGUCGAUGAUGAUAAAAAUUAAAAAUUUUUAAUAGAAGAAGAAAAAGAGAGAAUUUUAAGUAAAUAAAAAAUGGAACUUAUCAAACUGAUUUGGAAAACAGUACUCUUGUUAAUAAUUUUAUCUUUGAAUUUUAUUCUCUUACAAGAAUUUUAUAAUCCUGCGGAGGCUUAUCUUUAAAGUGAUUCAAUUUCUAGAAAAAUUAAAUAUGAUAGAUCAGAUGCUAUAAAAUAAUUUAAGGAUUUAAAUACUAUUUAAGAUAUGACAGAUUGGCUUAUUUUUGGAUUUCCUGAUCUUUUUGAAGAUAAUCUAUUUGGAAAUAAUGAAUUAGCUAUUUUAAAAGGGUAGAAUCCAACUAUAAAAGUUGAGUAAUCUUCUAAUGAUAGGAUCCUUAAUUAUCAAUUAUAAGAAUAUGCUUUUGAUAAUUUAAUUAGAACUAGUUCAUUAAAUACUUUUAAUAUUGUUGUUAAUGAUGUAAUUAGAGUAACUAUUAGAAGAUCCUUAGUAGUAAAUAAUACAAUGGAAUAAUUUUCUACGUUUGCUCCUGAAACUAUGCUGUUAUUUUUAGAUUCUCCAACAGAUAAUUUAGGUUCAGAUAAUGAAAAUUAUGAAGGCUUUUAUGAUGCUGAAACUAAUUUCACUAUUGAUUAUGAUGAUACUAAUGGAUUUGAAGGUAAUGGAGGAUUAGUUAUGUUAUUAGAACCUAAAUAAUUAAGUCCUAUUAUAGAAUCUUUAUAGAAAGUCAGGUUAAUUGAUAGUGUUAGUUCUAUAGCAAUAUAGUUUAUUACAUUUAAUCCUAUAAAUGCCAGAGGAUUAGCACAUAUUAAAUUAUUAUUUACUAUCAAUUAAUGUGGGACUUUGUCCUCCAAAUAAAUUGAUGUUCAAGGAAUUAAAAAGAAUUCCUUAUAAUCUGUUACUGAAAUCAGUAUUUUAAUCUUAUCAGUCUCCUUGAUUAUUGCCCUAUGUUAUUAUUUAUAUGUGACAAUUAAAACAAUGCUUCAUAAAAAUUUUUCUUAUGAUAGAUGGUAUAGUACUUAUAUAUUGCUAUCAUUAAGUAGAUCGCAAUUAUAUAUGAGAGAGAGACAUAUGCCUGAAUUCAUAAGAAAAUCACUUUUUUUAAUGGAUAUAUCUUAAUUACUAAAUUUGUUAUUUUUGACUCUUCUUGGAGCUUAAAUUACAUUAAUUUUAUAUUAUUUCUUUUAAGUUAAUGCUUUAAUCCAAGGAUGUGAAAUAUUUGGAACUUCUAUUAAUGACUUAUUACCUUCAACUUUAUUCAGUGUAAAAUAGGAUGUGGAUUAUUCUCUCUUUUUUAGUUAGGUUUAAAUUAUUGGCGAUAAUAGUAAGCUAAUUGGAGCCUUUGGAUCAUGUGCAAUAUUAGUAUUAUGUUUAGAAAUAUUAUACUUAAUUUCACACAAUAAAGAUUUUCAGACUUUAACAAAUUCAAUAAAGUACACCAUGGUUCAUAUGCCAUUUAUUUUAGUAAUUUUAUUUGGUAUAAUUGUUGCUUUUUCAUCUAUGGCUCAUUUGGUAUUAGGAACUGAUUUAAUUUAAUAUUCUACAUUUUUUGGUACAAUUGUUAAAAUGCUAGAUUUCAUUUCAAAAAUAGAUGAUAUACAAUUCUUUCGUCUAGAUGAUAGAACCUUAGAAUUUUAUGUAAUGAUAAUCCCAUAUACAAUCACAGUUAGAUUUAUUAUUAUGAAUAUGUUUUUAGCUAUUACAUUGAGAGGUUAUUUGUUGAGUAAAGAAAAAUAAGCUGAAGAAUAAUCAAAUUAAAAAACGAAUUCUUUAUCCUUAACUACUAAAGAGUUUAUUAUGCUUUCUAUUUAGAUGUUCACUUUUAAAGAAAAACUUAUAAAAGUGGGAUCUGAUCAAUAUUUAAUGCAAAUUAUAAAAUAGUUCUAACCAAUAAAGGUUUAUACUUGUAUAAAAGACAAUAUCAGAAAUUAGACAAAUUUAACAGCUAUGAAGGCUUGGGCUGAAGAAUGCGCAAAAGAAAUAAAAGAUGAAAAGGAAAUAAGAAAACCACUUGAUGUUGCCUGUCAUGAAUUACUGUAGGCAUAUAUUGAUUAAAAUAAUAAAGGAGAGUUUGAUAUUUUAUAAAGAUUGAAUACAGAUCCAAAGAGAAAACUGAUUGAAUUUUCUUUGAAAUUUACAUACCUGAACUACUUUAGAUAUGCAAUUGAUUAAUUAGAUAAAUUUACAGUAUUUUUUACUAAAAAAAGAGAAUAAAUAAGAUCGAUUUUAUUUUCAGAUAGCAAAGGGGAAGAUUUUAAAAAGAUGGUCUACAUAUGUUCAUUGGAAGCUUAACUUGAAGAAAAUAUUUAAAGCAUGACAUUUAUUAAAUAAGAACUUUUAUCUUUAGAAUUUGAUAUUGGUGAAGCUGGUGAAAUUGAUAGUAAAGAAAAUGUUCUUAAGUCAAAAAGAGAAAAAUAAUCUUAAAAAAUUUCUUUUUAAAACCCUUUGUCAAAUAAAAUAUUUGAAAUAUCAAAAUAAAAUAAUAAUAAAAAUUAAACUUAAUAAAAUUAAGCUGAAUUAUCUGAAAAUGAAUAAGAUUAAGAUAAUUAAUUUAGAGAAUCAUAAUUAUAAUAAUCUGGAAAAAAUUCUAUGUUUAAAUAAGCAUAGACUGUAGAAUUUAAAAAAGAAAAAAAUGAGAAAUAAGAAAACAAAGAUUAACAAUAAGGUGAAACAACUGAAAAGUCAACAGAUGAGAAACCAAAAUCUGAUCAAUAAUAAUAACCUGAUUCAAAGAUUCCAAAAAAUGUAGUUAAAACUAUGUUCUAAACUGGAGAAAAAAAAUAAAAAAAAUGA